CUCGUCCGUCACUUCUCCUCUCUCAUUAUCCUCCAGCCUAUGCAGCAAAGUACUUGCAUCGCGCAAACAUCUAUCUCCUCUUUCAUCAGCCUCCUCAGAUUGGGUUUAAUCCCUCGGCAGCUAUUGCCGCAACCUGCAUCUGGGUGCUGGCAAAAGCAUUCGCACGUCGGAAUUUCGGUCGAGUCUCUGGAGAUUGCCCCAAGCGAAUGGCGCUCCAUCCACUGCCUCCACCCACGGGCCAGGUCACCACCACUCUCCUAAUAAACAACAUUCACUGUGCCUCAUGCCUCUCCUACAUCCAGGAGAUCCUCAGUACAUUACAGCCAGCAACGCUAUCGACUACUGCCAACUACAUAUCACAUGAGGUUACGAUAAUCCAUUACCCAGAGCUCUCUGCAAAUGACAUAUCUCGAGCCUUGUCAGACGCAGCAUUCGAGAUCCAGAGUGCGCGGACCGAAGACGAAUUAGGCCAUAUUACCCCCGAGCAAGAUGAAGUCGAGGCUCCCCAGGAAUGGUUGGAACAGGCCGCUCAGACGCUUAGUGAACAGGCAUCAGCACCCUCGUUGCGCCGGACCACAGCACGUCUGGGAUUGCUAGGCUAUUCCAACCCCCAACCUAAUAAGAAGCAUAUAGAGCACUGCGUUACUUGUCAAAAGUCGAACGAGAAAGUCGACAUGUCUGAGGAUUUUGUAGUGGCUAUCCCUGAGGCCCAAAGGUUUACGGCCACUCUCAGCAUCGCCGGGAUGACAUGCGCAGCAUGCAUCCUCUCAAUCAAUGAAGGGGUGCAGGAACUCCAAUUCUUAGAGGAUGUCAGCGUUAGUUUACUUACGAACAGCGCGACCGUUACCUUUGCCGGUCCGAAGGAUAACAUCAGUCAGAUACUUGAGAGAAUCGAGGACAGAGGAUACGGCUGUCACAUCGACAACAUGACUGAAGUUGGUGGACUACAGGAAGGCGAUGACGAGCAGGCGGAGAGGACAAUCAUGAUCAGGAUAGACGGCAUGUUCUGUGAUCACUGCCCACAACGUGUGCUCGACGCAUUAUCAUCAUCUUUCCCGAGGCUUCUCGCCGUCGACAAACCACUGUCCCACCAGGAUCCCAUUAUCAUAGUCACAUAUCAUCCCCAACCCGGCUUCAUUACCAUCAGAGGCAUACUGGCUGCGAUUCUUGGCAUCGACGAAAAAUUUAAUGCUACAAUAUACCAUCCUCCAACGAUCGAGGAGCGGUCUCGAGCUAUGCAGCUCCGCGAACGGCGUCGUCUACUCUUGCGACUUCUCCUCAGCUUCAUCGUCGCUAUUCCAACUUUCCUCAUCAGUGUGGUCUGGAUGAGCCUAGUUCCCUCUACCAACCCCCUGCGAAUAUUCUUCCAACGAAAGAUGUGGGCCGGUGCCGACACUCGCGGCGAGUGGGCGCUCUUCUUCCUUGCGACGCCUGUAAUGUUCCUCGCGGCCGAUGUCUUCCAUGUUAGAGCUAUCAAGGAAAUUCGAGCAUUGUGGGGACGGAACAGCAAGGUCCCAGUUCUCCGCAGAUUCUACCGCUUCGGCAGCAUGAACUUGCUCAUGUCGGCCGGUACAUCCGUGGCGUACUUCCCUUCGAUUGCUGUGCUUAUUCUGGAUUCGCGAAAGACUGGCCAGAGCAACGGGCAGAUAUCGACGUACUUUGACGCAGUUGUGUUCUUGACGAUGUUUAUACUCGCUGGCCGUUAUCUGGAGGCGUAUAGCAAAGCUAAGACCGGCGAUGCUGUCACCAUGCUCGGAAGGCUCAGACCUACGGAAGCUCUGCUUAUGAGGUCGAACCCAGACUCGGAAGAUUCUUCGGAGAGCCAGUCAUCUCCUCCAGCGGCUCACAUCGAGAAAGUUAACGUCGACCUUCUUGAAGUCGGAGAUGUGGUCCGAGUUCUCCGUGGCGCCUCUCCACCAGCCGAUGGCACAAUUGUUGUGGGCGAUUCUACAUUUGACGAGAGCUCUUUGACCGGAGAGUCUCGCCCUAUCGCCAAGAAUGCUGGCGAUAAGAUCUUUGCUGGAACAGUCAACACCGGUAAACCGGUCAGCGUCCGAGUUACCGAAAUUCCAGGCGCGUCAAUGCUCGAUCAAAUAGUCAAAGUUGUCCGUGAAGGUCAGACAAAACGAGCACCGGUGGAGAGAGUGGCUGAUAUCUUGACGGGAUACUUCGUUCCUGUCAUCACGCUCAUUGCUAUAUCUACAUUCGUUAUCUGGUUUGGGCUCGGCCAGGGAGGGGUACUGCCGGAGACUUGGCGAGACGUUGAUGCGGGUGGCUGGGCAUUCUGGGCAUUGCAGUUUGCCAUUGCUGUCUUUGUCGGCGCUUGCCCUUGCGGCAUUGCACUCGCGGCUCCAACAGCGUUGUUCGUGGGUUCUGGACUAGCGGCCCAAAACGGAAUAUUAGUUAAGGGGGGCGGAGAAGCGUUUCAAGAGGCCUCUGCUCUGGAUGUGGUUGUCUUUGAUAAGACCGGCACACUGACGGAGGGCGGAAACCCAAGUGUAACAAACCAUGAUAUCAUAGCAUCUGGUGCAGAGGAUAUGAAGGUCAUCUGGGCAAUCACACAAGCGCUGGAAGAUUCCUCAAGUCACCCUAUAGCUAAAGCGAUUAGCACACUCUGCGUAGAUCAAAACCGUGCUUCUAUUAUCGACUCUACUAUUGAAGAACUACCCGGUCGCGGUCUCAAAGGCACAUUUACCAUCCGUACAUCCACCAAUGACAGGCGGUACGAAGCCGCCAUUGGCAGCGAAGAUUUCAUGUCCUUACUUGGCACGCCAAUAGACACUUACUGGUCCAACAACGUGUCGACAUGGAAAACCGCUGGGAAAAGCAUCGCUCUUCUUGCACUGCGUCCUCUUUCGCUCUCAGACCGGAAGGAGCCUUCAUUUAAGCUUGCUGCACAGUUCGCUACAACAGACCCGGUCCGCCCUGAAGCUUCUUCCGUACUCUCUGCUCUACGCAGUCAAGGUGUGAGCAUUUGGAUGAUUUCAGGGGACAACGCCACAACCGCCACGGCGGUUGGGUAUCAACUCGGUAUCCCCGCCACCAAUAUCAUUGCUGGUGUUCUCCCUUCAGAGAAGGCUGACAAGAUCCGCUGGCUACAAUCGACCGCCCCUAAACGCAACGGCAAGACUGGGAGAGCGAUCGUAGCUAUGGUCGGGGAUGGCAUCAACGACUCUCCCGCCCUCACUGCUGCAGAUGCAGGAAUAGCUAUCGGCUCUGGCUCAGAUGUCGCUAUCUCGAGUGCCAAGUUCGUGCUGGUAUCGUCAAAUUUGCACUCGCUCUUGAUUCUCAUCACACUCUCGCGCACCGUUUUUCAACGAGUCAAAUUCAACUUCGCGUGGGCAUUGGUGUACAACCUGGUCUUGCUGCCGAUCGCGGCAGGCGUGAUUUAUCCAGCACAUGGGCACCCAAGACUGAACCCUGUCUGGGCGAGUUUGGCAAUGGCAAUGAGUUCUCUGAGCGUCAUCUGCUCGAGUUUGGUUAUGAGGACAAGCAUCCCAGUGAUUGGGUUUAGAGCAGCUAGGUAGGCAGAGAAAAGGGAACCUUUGGGAGCCAAUAGUCUCUCGACCAGCACCUCAGCUCCCCAGCUCACGUUUUCGAAUGCGAGGAUUGCGAUCGAUCCUUUGGGAGCCAACAGACUUUCGACCAGCAUCAUCAGUCCUCAGCCCAUAGUUUUAAUAUGCGAUCACUCUUUGAAGGGCUGUGUGGGAUAAGGGAUGUUAGGUGCAAUCGUUCCGUGUUUGAAUGUGACAAUGGCUAUUCCAUAUGAGAAGCAAAUUGGUUAAACAGAGUCCGUUCUACCGUAACAUAUCUCACAGAAUUGAUGUGAAUUAGAUCAUCGCUCAAAGAAGGUCGGCGCGUCCACUGAUCCACCCAAUAUAGCUCACCCAUGGUAUGACCCGAUGGUAUCAAUGAUCCCUCACCACCCUAACGAGUUCUGGUGGUCUCAAACUAAUUUUAGGUAAGCGCGUGCGUAACCUUGGCCGAUCAUAACGUCGCAAGCAAGCUGAGUCCACCGUGCGACUCAUUUCAUCAUCGUGCUGACCACUGAACCCUUCGCCAUCUAGAAAGGAAGCCUAGUGACAGUAUGGACCCCCCUGGCUCGGAUUGCUGCGAGAUCUGGAUCGGAGGGUAGCGAUGCAUCUGCAUUCACUAUUACGCAAUGGGUAAGAAAGCUGAAAGUGUGUUGAUAGUCAGAAUUCUUCUAAAACUUACGCCUUAAUACAAAAAGAAGGAGUCACGACAUCUUGCGGUUCAUGAUUUCGUGUCUCAGUUGCACGAUGAAGCGGUAAUUUUGUAUGAAAUAAAGAAUGCCAAUAGCCACGGUAUUUAAUGCUCUCUGGACACAACAAAAGAUUCGAUAGAUAUUGCAUAGCGCCUGAGGUGCUGCUGAUCAGGUGCUAGCAAGUGCGCCUUCCCGCAAACCUGCUGCAUACGCUUCGAAGACCUUGCGAAUCUCGUCCCGCACACGGCGAAACUCCGCCAGCACCUGCUCCUCGCUGCCUUGGGCGUGCGCGGGGUCAUCAAAGUCCCAGUGAUGGCGGUUCACUUGUCCUGGAUAGAACGGGCAGACUUGGUCGACGUUGCCGCAGACAGUGAUGACAGUCGCAAUCUGGGAAUCGAGAAAUGUGUCCAUAUGCUUCGAUGUGUGAGAGGAAAUGUCGAUGCCGAUCUCUUUUAGCACCUGGAUUGCCUUUGGGUGAACGAAGCCGGCGGGUUUCGACCCUGCGCUGUGCACGUUGAUGAGGUCGCCGGCGGCGGCAUUGAGGAUUCCUUCAGCCAUAUGGCUGCGGCAAGAAUUCCCGGUGCAGAGGAUGAGGACGUUAGACUUCAUGAUAGGCAGAACAGUUGUGCUAUAACUUGUGUUAACUAAAGGGUUUGUAAUCUAACAACAUUUCUUACAGAGUAUGACAAGAUUUGAGUCCGGUCUAUCGACGUGUUGUAACUUAAAGAACGAUGACACUCGGCGCAGGUCAGUGCUGUAUUAAAAUAUGAUCUUAAAAGAUAAAGAAGUAAAUGAACAGACACCGUGCUCGGAUUAAUUAAAAUGCUAACCUCGCUAAGACAUGUGACAGCAAGCUUAGAAAUUG